AUGCAUUAUCUACAUCCACUUCCGAUUUCUAUUUUACCUGAUGAUUCAGAAGAGAAGCGAAAAUAUAUAAUUAGGUUAAUACUAGAGCAGUUUCCUUCUCCAUAUUUAAGCGAUAGUAGUGAACGUAGUGAGCGAUUUGAUCUUAAUAGUUUAACACUCUGCUCACUAUGUAAUGGAGAUCACAAAGAAGAAAGUUUAUGGAAUAAUAUAAGAGAUGAAUGGGGUGAUAGUGACUAUUGCAGAGAAUGA